AUGAUUCGACAAUCUAGAUGGGACUAUGGAGCUAUUCAUGAUUUAUAUUGGUCAUUAGGUUUAGCUUGUUUUAUUAUAAUUACAGAGAAAAGUAAAGCAUUUUUAGUUAAUGGAAAUAAUUUAUCAAUUAAUUGUAUUGAAAUAAUGGAUAAUCAUUUAUGGUUGUCAUGCACAUGUUCGAAUUCAUUCCUAUAUUUAACAUCACUUAGUAAUAGUAUUGUUGAACUCUCUCUUUUGCCAUCAUUUUCUUAUACUAGACGAUGGGAUCCUGCAAUAGCUUGUCAAAAAAAUGAAUUUAUUAAAGAUAUUACUUGCAACGAUGACAAAAUUGCUCUAAUAAUUGCAAUUUUUUCGGAUAAAAUAGUACAUGCAAUAAUUCGAUCUUUAGCAACAUUUAAUCAAUUAUUUUCGAUUCGUCUGGAUAUAAAACAUGUAUCAUAUCAACUACCAAUUCGUUGUUGUUCACUUCAAGAUAAUGAAUGGCUCGUUGUCGAAGCAAAUACAUCACAACUUUUUCAUAUUGGUAGAGAAGGAAAACUCAAAGGAACAGUCACCUAUGAUCAACCAUCUUAUAAAGUUCUUCUAUUCGGUUCAAAUAUACUUGUUAUACGGACUGAUAGUACAAUUAAUUUUCAUGAAGUUUGGCAUUGA